CCCACCUCCCACGGUGCCACAAGCCGCCAUACCGUUCACGGACGCUCGAGUCCUGGGGGUCGCAGACCUCCAAACAGCUUGGAGCACAACCGGACGAAGUAGCGUAGCACGACGCGCAGCCCGAGAAAACAGCACAGCGGCACCUCGCCCCGGGGGAGAGGGGGGGUGGUACACGCGAGGAAGCGUACCAAGCCAGGAGGGGGUGUGGUGUACGCAGGGUGGCGGGCGUCCUUAACACGGCCGCCAACUGCAGUUUUGCGGCCGGUUAGUCCCCAGGAAUCGGCCGCGCAUCUAACCUCAGCAAUCGCCAUCAAUCUGUGUAUUUUCAGUUCCAAUCCGCAAGGGUUGUCGAGUCCCCUCCCCCCAACUACCGCAGCCAGCUAGCAGCAAUGCAGACAGCCGACAGUGCCGGCAACACGUUCGUUGAGCACCCAAACGGGCAGCGGACACACAUCGUCGUCGACGACGACGACCGUGCCGGGCCUGGAGCCAGGGAGACGGUUCUCAUCCAGCACGGCUUCUGCCGCACCGCGGCGCACUGGCAGCACUGGGCCGCCGCGCUCGUCGCGCGCGGGUUCCGCGUCGUGCGGCGCGACCUACGCGGCCACGGCCUGUCCAGCUACCCGCUGGCGGACGCGGACGAUGGCUACGACUACUCGCUCGACACGCUGCUGCUCGAGAUGGUGCAAACGCUCGACGCGCUGGGCGUCGCCCGGUGCCACUUCAUCGGCGAGUCGACGAGCGGCAUGCUCGGCGAGGCCUUCGCCGCCCGGCACCCGCAGCGGCUGCUCUCGCUGACCGUCAUCGCGGCGCCGACGCACCUGCCGCCGCCGGCGCUGGAGCUCUUCGCCUUCGGCCACACCAGCUGGCCCGCGGCGUGUCGCGCGAUGGGUGCUCGCGGGUGGGCCGAGGCGCUGGCGAGCCUCUCGGGGACGGUCGCGAGUCCGGAUCCGGCGGCUCUCAAGGCGUGGCUCGACCUGGUGGCCGUGUCGAGCAGCGAGGGCCUCGCGGGCUACGCGCAGUUCCUCAGCACGCUGGACGCGCGGCCGUACCUGAAGGACAUCGACGUGCCGAUGCUGAUCCUGGCGCCGGCGAACAGCGCCGCGACGACGCUGCCCGAACAGCGGGCGUUGGCUGAGCAGGUUGCCGGUGCCAGGCUGGAGGUGGUCAAUGGCCGCGGGCAUGAGAUCUACGUGGAGAUGGCCGAGGACUGUCAGAGGCUGUUUUUCGAUUUCGUCGACGGGUUGGGCGGGCUAGGUGUCGGCAAGGUCCAAUGA